ACUGCGGCUGUCAUUGUAACUACUGUGCGUCAUGUAGGCUAGAUUGUGGUGUGUUAUUUUGAUUUGUGUUUGUUUCUAAAAGAAUUUUAUUUACAUUGUGUUGGUGAUUUAACUAGUGAACAAAGGAUAUUUUAUUUAAAAGUUUGCAAAGGUCCAUAUAUUGGCUAUAAAGCAAUUUGAAAUAACAUUAUGAAGCAAACUUCAAAUGAGAAAUCCAGAAAGAAUGGUUAUCAAUCAGAUGACGACAAUGUAAGAUAUAAACUUAACACAAAAAAAUUAGAUAGAGUCACUAAAUCAUCAAAAUCUUCCAGAAAGAGUACAUUUAUUAAUGAUGACGACAAUGUCCGAUAUAAAUUACCGACAGCUACGAUACAGAAACCUAAGCCUGUUGAACGAAAGCCAAAGCCAAAGUCCAAAAUCAAAGUAAAUUUCUGGAGUAUUAAACAAGCAACAAACAGAAUAAACAAACCAGAAGUCAGUAAAGAAAACAGUAAUAGAAGCCAACCAGUGGCUAGUAGCAAUAAUGAGCUUAUAGUUAAGCCCAAAACUUCAUUUGUGAAAGUACGCAAACAAGUUUCUUUCCUCCCGUCCCCACUUUUCUCAGAAAAUCAUAUACCUAUGGUGACUGUGCCAGAUGAUUUAACAAUACAAUUAAAUGAAGAAGAGGCCAAUGACCUCGCCAGUGACCUUAAUCUGGCAUAUAUAAAUAGUCAAAUGAAAGAGCAAUCCAACAAGAAUUCUAAGAGAAAAACUAGAACUACAACGAACCAGGCUAGUCCAAGAGGUGCUAAACGUAAACGGAAUUCAGAAGACUCAGAUCAACGAUCCCAAGGUAACGAAAAUGAAUUAGAAUUUUUUUCAAAAUAUGUGGUUCAAAAGUUGAGGAGAAUGGAAACUAAUCAGCGUAUUUAUUCAGAAAACUUAAUUAACACUGUCCUUAUGUUAGGACAGCUCGGUAAACUAAAUGGGAAAUCAAAAAUUUCAGAAGGAUAAUAAUAUAUUUACAUUUUAUAUUUAUUUUAAAGUAUUGAACAUAUUUACAAUUUAUUAGUACAUAGCAUUACAUUGUAUAAUUGUUGUAAAUUAAAAGUAUGAUUGUUGAAUAACUUAUUAGCUGUUAAGGCUUAACAUUUAAAAGACUAAUAUGUAUACCAACAUCUUUAUGUAUAUGUUGCAGGGAAAUGGCAUAAACUGGGAGUUGGCAAUAUCCCUCAGGGAUAUGACUAACUCCCAGAAGAUGUUAAAACAACUCAAUUAGACAAUUUCACUAAACAAAUCUAAUUAUUCAUAGAAUACUGGAGCUAAGUUUAUGAAAUGUAAUGACAGACUGAACUGACCGACUUUCUUCUUCAUGAAAAUACUCUAGGGGUAGGAUAG